GAGGGAUGAGUUAUCCUCUUUCUUGUUUUUCAAAUCAAUUUGAUCAUUCACUUUACUCUUCUUUGUGUUAACCACCCAAAGGUCAAAAAUCGGCAUUGGAAGCAGCACCCCUUGAGGCUCUAUCAUCUCUCAUAUACGCAAUAUGGACAACUCGAGAAAUGCGCAGCAUUGUUAUACCCCAGAAUCAUCAAGUCUUUUCUGUCCGUAAGUUGACCAUGCACAAUGGCUUUCACCAACCUCAUCCUCAUCCUUCUCGAGGUUCGCACUUUACCUUCAAAUAUGAGGUAAGCAACCUUAGUCAUCACAUCCCAUCUCCCUCCUCCAAACGAACCUGCAAAAUUCCAUCCAAUCAUGACCCUUUCUUUUCUACCAUUUCCGUGUAAUGCCCACCUUUUAUUCCCGGGAAGCAUGGGAAGCCACAGCACCUUCAGCACUGUAAUAGCAGCAACAAACCAGUAGAAAGGCGCCCGUUGCGAGUCCCCGUCCCGUCCGAUUAAGGUGCGCGGGAGUGUGCCAGACAGUGUGCCAGCGUAGAGUGCACGUCCAGUCCGCGCCCGCGAAAUUUCGGAGCGCCGCAGCAGCAGCAGCAGUGUCUGUCUGUAGAGGGAGGAAGGAGCUUUGGUCAUCGCCCUCUGCCUCUCAACAAUUUCGCGAUCCAAACCUGGAAAACUAUCCGCCGCCGCCUCUUCCACUCUCCGAUCAACCUCUUGCCAAUUGCCCCGUCACGAUAAUCCCUUUCCAAACCACAAACACCAGAUUCAAAAUGGCUGCUAUUGUCAAGGCGAUCAACGCGAAGAUCAGGUCCAACCCUGUGUCGGACUAUGUCUGCUCUACCCACUUCUGGGGCCCCGUCUCCAACUUUGGUAUCCCUCUGGCCGCUGUCAUGGACACCCAAAAGUCCCCCGACCUGAUUUCCGGUCAGAUGACGGGUGCUCUCUGCAUCUACUCUGCCACCUUCAUGCGCUACUCCCUCGCCGUCUCGCCCAAGAACUACCUCCUCUUCAUGUGCCACUUCAUCAACGAGGGCGCCCAGCUUACCCAGGGAUACCGUUACAUGCAGUACAACUACUGGGGAGGAAAGGAGGCUUCCGCAACCAAGGACGCGUUCGAGACUGUCCAGAAGAAGGCUGAUGCCAUCGAGGCCAAGGUCGAGACCAAGGUCAAGGAGGCUAUUGGCAAAUAAAUGCGUACCCUCACUCGAGGGAGAGGGAGAAGCUUGGAAAGGGGGCGAUAUGAGGCGGCAAACACUUGCUGGCUGGGUGCGGAAAGGCCCUCGCAAACAUAAUGACGACGCAGAGGGGAGGUUCGAGUCUGAUGUGAAAAGAGCGCCGAGAGCUUGUCAAGAGCCCACGGCUGUGGUGAGGCCUUGACAGGAGGGAAUCCCCGUCGACAGCACAGCACAGCAUAGCGUGGCAUAAUGUGGCAAUGCCCAGCCGCGGCGGACGGUGGCUGGCGGUUCUGUACCAUCACAUUGCAUUGUUGUUUUGCUUUUCGGAAACGGACCCUGAUUCCCCGGGGAAACACUCGGGGACGAGCCUCUUCAUUGCGGCCCGCAAAGUCGUAGAAUAGAACAGCGAACUGUUUCUGGAACCCGG